AUGCCGGGUCCAAGAGGAGACAGAGGUCGCGAAGGACCCCCUGGGAAGAGUGGUCCCCGAGGAAUUAACGGAAUGAAAGGUCAACAGGGACUUCUGGGAAUGAAAGGAGAGCCUGGCAUCGCGGGAAUGAAAGGAGAGCGCGGAGCUGUGGGAAUAAAAGGACAGCGAGGCAUUGUGGGAAUGAAAGGAGUGCCCGGAGCUGUGGGAAUAAAAGGAGAGCGAGGCAUUGUGGGAAACCCAGGAAGAAAAGGAAACAAAGGAGAGAAAGGAGAAAGCGCCAAAGCAAGUCAAGCAAGUGUAGUGCCACAAACCAACUGGAAACAGUGUGUGUGGAAUUCAGACAGCGGUACUGAUAACGGAAAGAUCAAGGUAAUUAGAAUAAGACCAGUAACAUACUCCAAAGAAAAUUCAUUCCUUUUAGAAUUAAAACAUAUCAGUGAGGAAUGUUCCCUCGCCUCUCCCAUGCACUUUAUUAGAAUUAUUACCAUUUGGCAAUACAUUACAUCAAUAAUUAAAUUACAUUUCCCAUUACCUUUUUUUUUUUUUCCAUUGAACGAAUAAAAGACUUUGCCAUCGUGGGUGAGUAAUGGUUUCUGGCCACUUACAUAGGGACAACAAAACUUUAGGCUAUUACAGAAUUAAAAAUAAUUAGGAAGUAUUCCUUGACCGGAACAGUUAGUAUCAAUUAUUACACUGUUGCCUACCUUAUAUUUACAACAGUUUGUUUGAUUUUAUUCCAGGACUGUGCAUUUAACAAACUGCAGUCUAAUUCAGCGCUCAAAGUCUCCUUCCAGGGAAACAUGAGGGUUAUAGGUCAUGGGGCGUGUAAUCGGUGGUAUUUCAAGUUCAACGGAAACGAAUGCAAUGGACCAAUGACGAUUGAGGCUAUUGUUAACAAUCACUGA